AUGGAAAAUGAACUUGAUGAUAUAUUGAAUUUAGAAGAACAAUAUUAUAAUGAAGGUUUUAUAGAGGGACAAAAUGAAUCAACGAAGAAACAGUUAUUAGAAGGAAAAGAAUAUGGUUACCAAACAGGAUUUCAAAGAUUUCUCAUUGUUGGUUAUAUUUCAGGAUUAAUAGAAUUUUGGUACAAGAAUAUCAAUUCAUAUGACCAAAAAUCACUCAAGAAUCAUCUCGAUCAACUGCAAAUAAUUUUAGAUGGUAUCAAAAUGACUAAUUUCGAUGACGAUGUAGAGAAGUAUGAAAAGUCGUUAAUCAAAUUACGUAAUAAAAUAAGAAUAAUCACUAAUUUGGUUAAAGAACAAUGGAAAUUUAAAGAUGUUGAUGAUUUAGUCAAGGAAAUUGGUGGUAUAGUCCAAUUGAAUGAGAACGUCAACGAUAUGUGGUAA